CAAAUUUCAAUUGAAAAUGCCUCUGCCCACAAGGCUGAAUUUUGCUUCAUACGUCAUAAUGAGAAAGAAGAAGAUAACAUUAGGUUUCAUUAUAACAUCAUUUUUCAUUGUGACGUAUAAAACAACUAAAGGGAAUCAAGAUCAUAUUUAUUCGCUCAUAAACAGUUUCAAAUCAAAAGAAGAUUUUAUUUUUGAUUUCUUCAAUCGAACUGAAAACGAUGACCCAAACGUUUUCUCACUGGACAAUUUUACUUCAUACUUCGAUGAUAUGUCCAACGAAUUGGAAAAGUACAACUUGCCGCUUUGUCCAAAAAAACCUCCCGGACUAAAAGGCGAUCUCAAAAGGCCGGCUUACUUGGAUUCUGUACUAUCGACAUACGAAAAAAUUUCUAUAGAUAAUCCGAGGUUGUCAAUCGGUGGGAAAUACGCUCCAAAACACUGUCGUCCACGAUUCAAACUUGCUAUUAUCAUUCCUUUACGCGGGCGCAUACGCCAGCUCCGAGUACUCUUAGCGCAUAUGCACCCAAUAUGGCAACGACAGCAAUUGGAUUAUACUGUGUACGUUAUGUGGCAGAGCGGGAAACAUCUGUUCAACAAGGCUAAAAUAAUGAAUGCUGGAUUUCUGGAGGCGAGUAAAGAUCGAAAAUAUGAUUGCUAUGUUUUCCAUGAUGUCGAUAUGCUUCUGGAAAACGACGAAUGUCUGUACUGGUGCCCAACUGAAGACAAUCCUCGCAGUUUGUCGGUUUACGUUGACAAAUUUUCCUAUCGUUUUAUAUCCUACAGAAUGAAAUGCAGACCGAGUACUUUCCCGCGGACUCAAGAUGUUCAAUUGUUUGGAGGAGUAGUCAUGGUUACAAAAUUACAAUUCAUGUCCGCUAACGGUUUUUCGAACAUUUACUGGGGUUGGGGCGGCGAAGAUGACGACUUGUACUUUCGCUUAUGGAAUCAUAGAUAUCAAGUUCAUAAUCCUUAUGGGGAAAGUUGUUCAUAUCAUAUGCUUCAACACGAAACAGAAAAUUCAAAUGCAGAAAAUAAAGGGCAUUUUGCAUUGAUGACUCACGCCAUCUCGCGGAUGAAAUACGAAGGAUUAAACACCUUAAGAUACAAACACGUGUCAACCAAGCGGGAACUGCUUUUUACUAACAUAACUAUAGACGUUGGACAACCAAUGAAACAAUACGUUGACUUCAUGAUGUACAACGCUACUGACGACGAACUAUGUCAUCGCUGGAUGCCGUGGGGGAGAGGAAAGCCGAUAAGACCGCUUGAUCAUAUGCGAACCACGGGCUUUCGUCCGGUUACCAGUCCAUGUCAGGUAUAUUGACCGAUUUAUCAUUUCAGAUGGAUGGACCUGCAUUCUGUAGAAUCGCAUACAUAAUGGAAAUUUUCCACUCAUAUAGGUAUUAUUUUCUGAUAAAAUUUGCAGUAACAAUUUUACACGUGCAUUUCGACUGUAUUUAGGUUACAUCACAUUGAUUGUGAAUGGAAUUAUACAUUUUAUGACAACAUAUAAAUGUUAUAAUACGUCAUAAUGUUUGUUUGUAACGUUCUAUUAUGUCAUAAGAAAACAGCAAUUUUCAAUGUAUCUUGUAAUAUCCUUGAAAUUACUGUGCAAUAUUUAAAAAUGAAUAUAUAUUUUA